AUGACUGAUUCUCAUCUGGUAAACAUCCAGGUAAACAUUGAUGGCCUCCCACUUUUUAAGAGCUCCAGCAUUCAGUUUUGGCCAAUAUUGGGCAGACUUUUAUUGCCAUACACUGCAGAGCCUUUUGUGAUUGGUAUAUAUGUUGGUGAUAGCAAUGUAAAUUGUUAA